AUGAGUCUCGACAAUUUUAGAGAACAAUUAAUGUCAAAUUCGGAUUACGAAGUCCGAGUUGAAGUUAAUCAAAGAUGUCUGAUCGAUAAGAUGUUGUCUAGAUAUUCAUCCGAAUUUGUGGUAUUUCGAGAAUUAAUGCAGAAUUCAGAUGACGCGAGAGCCUCUGCAGUCGAAAUUGUAUUUGAGAAUAUAGUUGGUGAAACUUAUUCGAGAAUGCUUUUCAAGAACAAUGGAUUAGCCUUUAGGUCAGAAGAUUGGAAUCGAUUAAAGAAAAUUGCAGAGGGAAAUCCCGAUGAACAAAAGAUCGGUGCAUUCGGCGUCGGAUUUUACUCAUUAUUUUCGAUCUGUGAACAACCAUUUGUAUCUUCUGGUGAACUUGGCAUGGCCUUUUAUUGGAAAAGUGAUCAAUUAUUUGUCAGGCAUGGCCCCACUGGCAAAAACGACACUGAGUGGACCAUAUUCUUAAUGGAUAUGAGAGAAACCACGAAGGGAUUCACCGCUAAUCUUUGCGAAAUUUCAGUGUAUUUUAAUGAAUGUCGCGUGAUUCAUAUUUUAAAAAAUGUUAAUAAUCCUCGAUCAAUUGGAAUCAGAUCUGAUAUAAAUAGCGAGUCCCCCCAAAAGAUGUUUAAGCUUGAAUCAGUCGAUUUACAUGAUGUUACGUUUAAUACUUCAAGGAUUAUUAUCCCUCCUGGAGCUAUGUCAUUUACCAACUGCUUAGAAGAAAAGGCAUCUAUUCGCUUCCAAAUAGCCAGUGGAAAUCUGAAAGUUCAGGUUCAAGAUGAAUUUUCCCUCGAAAUGGAAAGACUAACAAAGAAAAAGCCUCCUCGUCAAACUGCUGUGCAAAUUAUUCUUCCUGGGUAUUAUGAUAAGUCUUCUGAUACCAACGAAUCUCUCGAGAUUUUCAAAGACUUGUUGCCGUUCCCCGAUCAAGGAAAAGUCUUUAUUGGAUUUCGAACGCAUCAAACAACUGGUUAUUCCGUGCAUUUAGCAGCUCGCGUCAUACCAACAGUCGAACGUGAAUCAAUUGACUUGGUCCAAAAAACGCUUUCAGAGUAUAAUACAGAGAUGUUGUGUUUGGCCGGAAUAUUGUGCCGCUUGCUAUAUGAAGAUGAAAUGAAUCAUAUCUCACAACAAUACCAACAUACGUCCAAUAAUGAUCGAGUGGAUCUUGAAACACGUUCAGCGCAUGCUCUCAAACAUUUUACAUUCGAACAAAGUACACCGGAUGCCAAAGUAGGAAACAUCAUAGAAACGCAAUUUUACAAAAGUUGUUCAUCACAACUAUCUAUAUUAUCUACUCACGGUGUCAAAGCCAUCAAUAUGGUACGAUUACCCGAUCCAGAAAUGACCGCGUUUAUCAAAACUGUUCCGUUUGUUCCCAACAUCAUAGUAGAUCGAUGCAAGUUAUUUUUUUAUAGGGCAAAUAAGAUUCUGAAACUUAUUAAAGAAGCUUCAAUAAAUGAUGUAUUUGAGGAAUUAAAAAAUAGAGUGUUGGACCAAGAUGAAAUGAUAGCUUUGAUGAAAUGGUGGAUAGCAUUUUGCCGAAAACAAAAUGUUGAAACAUCACAACAUGACGAGUUCAUGCAACUGGCUGUUGUACAUAUUGAAAAUGAAACCAUAUCUCUAAAAAAUAUUCGAUAUUUCUUAAAGAAAAAAAGCAAUGUUCCACAAGAUUCGGAUAUUCCACCUAAUGUUCUGCCAUAUACUAUUAGUUCAAAGUUCGAUGACAAUGAUCUAAAGAAAUCGUUCAAAAAUUGGACCGAACUUUCAUUAGCUAUAUGGGCGCAAUACAUUAUUGGAAAAUACGAAUUGAAAAGUGAUCCACCUUUUGCCGAGAAAUUUAUAUUAACUAUUUCACGAGGUUUUGAGUCGAUGAACAAAACUGAUAGGACUUCGAUAUGUCAACUGCUUUCUCAAAUUGAAUGUAUCCCAACUCAAUUUGGGUUAAAAAAGCCCGUUGAUACAUAUUUCCCAAACGUGAAGCUGUUUCCGGAUUUACCUAAUAUUAGCAUAAAAAUUAACGAAAGUUUUUCUAAAAUGAUGGGAAUACAGAAGCCCGAAAAAGUGAAUUUGUUCAAAUUACAUAAAAAUUUCAAGCAUGUGAAAUUGGAAAUUGUUAUCGCUCGAUUGGUCAACAAAGAUAAUUUAGAUCAUAUGAAACUUUUGAAAUAUUUUGCUUCAGAGGAAACACUUCCAAACGAUUAUAUAGAGCUAUUAAAAACAACAGAAAUUUGGAUAAAAGAGGAAGUUGAUAAUAAUUCCGGUACCAAUGUUCAAAGAUAUUUAGCAAGAGACUUGUAUGCACCAUAUUAUCAGAAUAGAGAACUUGAAUUACCUAUAAUCCAAUGGAAAGGAAAUUGGAACAAACAUUCAAAUGAAGCUAAAUUUAUAACUAGACUUGGACUUCAAGAAUAUCCCUCUCUUAAAACUAUUCUUCAACUUGCAACACCGUCCACACCUUCUAAUCUUCGUGAGAAAGCGCUAAAUUAUUUUGUCAAAAAUCUCAAGGAAAAAUAUUCCGAUGAAUACAACCCAGAUUCGGUUCAAGUGGGAUUUUUACCAUGCACUAACCCCAAUGUUUACGUGAAACCAUCAGAAUGUUACUGGAGUCCUGAUUGCGUAAAGAUGGGAUUCAAUGCUUUACGUCAAAAUCUAAGUUAUCGGGCUAAAGAGCUGGGCGUUAAACAACAUCCUGAUAGAAGGUUAUUAGUGAAUAAAUUAAUAUCCAAUCCACCAAGGAAUUAUGAAGAUGCAAAAGAGAUUUUUAGUUACCUGGCAACGCGUAGAGGAGAUUUUGAUCAUUUAGACUGUAAAGAUCUUAAAAAUAUCAGCUUUAUACCUAUCGAAGAUAAAAUUCCACCACGUAAAUUCAGUCAUUACACACCAAAAGAUUGUUUUUUCAAAAACACAAGUGAAGAUUACGUUGAUUUAUUUCCAUGUGUUGAUUUUGGUGAAGAUGCGAAUCAAUUUUUAGAAAAUUGUGGUGUAAAAAAAGAACCAUCCGCAUUGGAUUUAGCAGAAUAUCUCAUCAAUUCACCAAAGAAAUUUUGGUCAAACCCGAAUUAUAGGAAUUCAUAUAUUACUAUUCUCGGAACAAUUGCAUACAAUUAUGAAUCAAUUAAUAAAAAGAAACCAGGCAUACUUGAUAAAAUGAAACAAUCACCAAUAUUAUUAGGUACAAAGAAACAGAAGGAACAGGGUAACGUUAAAAUUGAUGAAUAUAAGUUAGCUUGUGCUAAAGAUAUUCUUAUAAAUGACAACGACCGAUAUCGAAAUAUGUUUGAUCCGUUGAUCUGUCCAUUUGCUGAUCAAAUGGCAAAGUUUUAUAAG